AGUUUCGUUCGGGACAGUCGCUCGGGAAUAUUGUUAGUUUAGCGGCUCGCGCGUGUGGGGCUUCUUCCGUAGUAUAGAAUUAUUUUUUCUUUUGGUUUAGAGAGAAAGAGGAGAGUGAAAGUCAAGCAGGAGAGGAUGAAGAGCUGAGGCGAGGCCGCAGCUACUACAACGUUUACGCGCGUUGCAGCGCAGGGCGUCGUGCAGUCAGUAUAGCGGAGUCACACACACUCGCUGCGCGGCAAGAUGGCCGCCGCGGCACACGCCUUCCACCUGGUGAGCCAUCUCCUGGGCAUCGUCCUCUUCUUCGCCUGCAUCGCGGGCACCAGCUCCCAAGACGCUCAGAAUCCGCAGCAGCGCAGCCGUUACGCCUCCGGCAGCUCGUACUACAAUCCCAGAGGAGGAUACGGGGACCAGCCGCACAGCGAGCCCGGCUACAAGACCUACUUCUACAAGGACAGGAGGUACGGCUAUCAGCCGAGCUACCUGGACCCCUACUACAACAGGGGACCGACCCGUGCACCCGAGGACCGAUUUCACUACGACGUAACCGAGAGAAUACCCCUGCCAGGAAUACUGGGUGGCUGGAGGCCAGAUUUGCAGGGCAGGGAACGUCCCGAUUCCAAGAACCUUGAACGAGAUGUUUUUGUCACAACUCAUUAUGGAAAUGUUCAGGGUUUCAAAGUGCACCUUUAUGAUCACCCAGAAGCCAGGCACAGACCUUGGAGUCUUCCUGUCGAGAGAGUCACUGCAACUGUCAAUGUGUUUCUUGGUAUACCUUACGCAAUGCCACCAAUUAAAGAAGGCAGAUUCAAACCACCUAGAAUACACAAAGGUUGGAACCUCAUGCAAGCCGUGGAUUGGGGUCCAGCCUGUCCACAGCCAAGUCAGUACACCGGUGCAACAAAGGGAAUACGCGACAUUGACGAGGAUUGUUUGUAUCUUAAUAUUUUUAGCCCUAAUGUGGAAUCUGGCUUGGCAAGAGGGUAUCCUGUUAUGUUCUACAUUCAUGGAGGAGAAUUUGUACAUGGAGCAAGCAACCUUUUCCCAGCACACAUAUUAGCUGGCUUUUACAAUGUAACAGUUGUUUCCAUUAAUUAUCGUCUUGGAGCCCUUGGCUUUUUGAGCACAGGAGAUGAAAACAGUCCUGGAAACUACGGAAUUCUUGAUCAAGCAAUGGCUCUGAGAUGGGUAUAUGACAACAUCAGAUUCUUCAAUGGUGACCCAGAGAAAAUUACACUAUUUGGACCUGGAGCUGGAGCAGCUAGUGCUGGCUUGUUGAUGGUUGCACCAAGAACCCGAGACAUGGUCUCAAAGGUGAUAGCUCAAUCGGGCUCUGCUUUAGCAGAUUGGGCUGUAAUUGUCGACAAGUAUCGAGCUCAGAAUACAUCUAGAGUGUACGCGCAGAUGCUCGGCUGCAGUAUCGAAAGUAGUUGGAAACUCGUGCAAUGUUUGAAAGAUGGUCGUAGUAUUUAUGAGUUGGGAAAUGCUGAGUUCCAGCCGCACGUCGGCAUGUUCCCUUGGGCUCCCGUCUACGAUGUGAAUUUUACAGUACCAAGAGAUUAUUACGAUUCCUGGAGUGCAUCCGACUGGCACUUCUUCUCGGAAGAGCCCGAAGAAAGUAUUAAAACACGAAAAUACAGGCAUGACAUAAUGUACAUGGCUGGAGUUACUACUCAAGAAGCGUCUUUCAUUCUGUAUAAUAAUGCGACUUUAGCUAGAAAUGACUUUAUCAUGACACCUGAAAUGUUUGAUCAAAAAAUUUGGGAACUUGUUCUACGCUACAAUUACACUUUGAAUCCCUGGGGUGUCUACGAAGCGAUUAAGUACAUGUAUACUUACUGGCCAGAUCCAAACAAUGUGACGCAUAUCCGAGAGCAAUACAUCAAUUUGCUGUCCGAUUUCCACUACGUCGCUCCCCACGACAAAAUUGCGAAAAUGUUGGUCGAACGAAAUGUACCUGUUUUCUUGUACGUACUGAAUACAACGAUUGAAGCAUUUAAUUUGCCUUUCUGGAGACGAGUUCCGCACGAUUUGGAGCACAUGUUGCUAACAGGAGCUCCGUUUAUGGAUGUCGAAUUUUUCCCUGAAAAAUUAAGGCUAAGAAGAGAUAUGUGGACAGACAACGAUCGAAAUAUGAGUCAUUUCUUCAUGAAAGCUUAUUCUAACUUUGCACACUUUGGAAAUCCAACCCCUUCUCAGAUCUUGGGAUUGCACUUUGAUGUUGCUAAAUUUGGUCAGCUAAAAUAUUUGAACAUAAACACGACGUACAACAGCUCUAUAUUAAUAAACUACCGACAAACUGAGAGUGCAUUUUGGUCGCAGUACUUACCAACGGUCAUCGGCCGACUAGUACCCACUUACCCACCAGUUACAGAAUAUUGGUGGGAGCCGGCGCAACCUCUGCAGAUCGCUUUUUGGUCCAUGUCAACAGCCUGCCUGCUGUUGAUUGUCAUGUCGGCGGUGUGUUGUAUGCUUUGGCGUAACGCCAAAAGACAGUCAGACCACUACUAUAGCGGAGAUAUCCUGAUGGUACGAGACGAUGAGCAGUCCGAGGGAAUCGACAAUCUAACUCGCGCCUCCAAGGAGAACAUGUACGAGUAUCGUGACACGCCACCUGUUCGCGCCCGCAAUCCUCGCAACAUCAACCACCAUCAGCAUCCCAGUCAGCACGACAUCAAGCUUCAGGAGCGUUUGGCUCAGAACCGUAAGUUUAGCUCUACGCCAUCGCUGCGUAGCAAUUCAAAUGCUUCGCUCAAGGACGCGCGAAACGAGGGCUUUGUCACCAGUUCGCCAAACGGUCAACCACGAGCGAUGAACCGGGCUGCCAGUCAGUCCAGCUUGCCCAAGAGCAAGAGCAAGACGCAUCUAGUACAAGGUGUGCCUCAGACUGCGGUUUGAGACGGGAUGUAAAGUUUUUUUUUUCGAUUGACAUUCCAUUGUUGUUCUUUUCGAGUGCGGAGUUUAUACUUUGUAUUGUCUGCUGAGAAGUUUUAAUGAGAAACUUUUUAUCUACAAGUGCUCUUACACUGCCUUUGUUUUAGAUGGAGAUGAAGAGUGCCUUUGCGAAAAUUGUCUUUUUUCUCAGUAUAUGCUGUCUGAUUUUUUACUUUUUUUUUAACGAAACAAGUAGCUAGGUCGAUAAGAAAAAGCGAAAUAAAUGAUAAAAGUACGAACCUUAUGACAAAUUGCAACUGAGCUAUGAAUCCAGCAAUUAAGUUAUAAAGUACAACUCUUUUUUUUUAAAGUAACGAGACAAUGAAUGAUUACCAUUUUGUUGGCUGUCCAGUUGUAGUUUUCUUCGCAGUAGAAACGCGAAAACAAUAAUAUCUUUCCCAUGUUAAUUAAGCUUUUUUAUAUUUUUUUUUUGUACACUUUGUUAAGGUUUAACGAUAAACAAAGACACACGAGAAUGAUCAAGUUAUGUAUGUAAUGUACAUAUAUACAUAUAAUAUAGUCGAAUUGGAUGACUGUAAUUAUAAUCUAGCAUGAAAUGCUAGCCUUGUAGUGCAAAUACUUUCCAAAAGGAUGCGAAUGCGAGUACCGUACAUGUUUUAUUUAACAUUAUAACAUCAACGCCUUUCAAUAACAAUGGUGACUUUUUACACGAUGUCUUGAACUGCCAUCCAACGUUGUUUCGCCAUCAUGAUUUCACCGAAGUCAUUCUAUUUCCAUCCACUUAGUCGUUAAGGUUGAUAUCCGUCCAACAAAUUUGCAAAACGAUUGUAUAGAUUAUCGUAUAAAAAUAUUAUAUAUUUUUUACUUUGUAUUAUAUAGGAUCAUCGAUAUACUACUGUCGACGAUAACUCCGUGCAUAAUUUUAAAAGCGUUUUGCUUCAUUAUUCUCUUUUCUCGAACUCUAUUUUGGCUUAACAUACUUUAGUUCAUAAGUUUAUUGCAAAUACACAUUAAAUAUGUAUAGUAGAGCACUGAUAAUUCACAGUAUAAAAGAGAUACCUCGGCAAAAUAAUAAUCUGUUUUUUGCCGGUUUUCCUUGUCUUUUUUGCAUACAAAUAUUUUUUAUACUUGUUACCAUAUUCAACGAUUAUUGCCAGCAUUAUUCAUCCACUCAUUGCCUUAGAAAUUAGUGAUCUCUGUAAAUCAAAGCUAGACGCAUUAAGCUAAUAAUUAAAUUCUCGAUUAAACGUCGCGACAAAGUGCAAAAUAAUUUAGUACAUCACAUUCAUUUACAUUUGUAAAAUUUAGGGGACAAAAGUGCAGCUGCACUUCAUAUAGUUAUCGAUACACCAGCGAUCUCAUUUUAUCACAUUUUCAUGUUCCAUUACUCGCAAUUUAGGAUAUAAUUUUUCAGCAUGGAGAUUCAUUUGCAAUACAAUAUAGAUAGUAGAAACGCACCACCAUAAAUGCAAUAACUAAAGUAAAUUGUAAACGCUCCAACAACACGUGUACCUACGAUAAUUUUAACAUAAGAGACCAUAAGAGCACAACGCAUAUAUUUUGUAAUGAAUUGAAAUAUACAACAUUUAAAGCAUAAA